UUCUCUCGUUAUUCGAGGCUUGGUCUGAUGUUCGAGUCUUGACUUACUGUUUGGGGGGGGAAGUCUUCCGCUCGUACGGUGAUGUUGGUUUCUGUGCAGAGGGGAAAGUGAUUUCGUUCGGGGUCAAUGUGGUUUUGGUGAACCGGAGACGGCAACAAGUUUAAAUUAGUGCCCUGUUUUCAAUUUUUUUUUAAAUGCGUAGAUCGGUUGACGUUCACGCUCCGAGAUAAGCGUCACAUGGCCGUAUUCAACUUCCAGUUCGCUCAUUUCACCAAACUUCUGUCUUUUUUUUUUUUUUGGUUGCAGAAGAAGACCAAGAAUUCAAGAAGAUUGGUCUUUCGAUUUGACACUCCAUCCUCUCAUGGCACAACCAACACCGCCACGGCCGCGGCAGCAGCCACCAGGAACGCAGAACCAAACCGCGGCGGCAGCCUCGCCAUUCGUCCAGCGGCUCUUUGCGGUUCUCUUCUACGCUCAGCUGAUUCUGGUGGCGAUCUUGACUAUAGUCCUCACAGUCCGCGGUCUCCUCUCCGCGAAGAGCCACCACUUCCACCCAGUGAAGUGGUACCCUCCGCUCCUCACCGCCGUGGCAUCUGCUGGGAUCGCUGGUUUCUCAUGGCACUUCUACAUCCUGCAUAACCCUGUGAGAGCCUUGAGGGCGGCAUUUUGGCUGAGUCCCUUGUUGACUUGUGCAUUCGGUGUGUUGCUUGUGAUGAUCGAGUCCUCGGUUGGUUUGGCCGCCGGAAUAGUCGCGAUUAUCUCCGGGCUGAUACAGUCGCUGUACGGCUGCUGGGUUAACCAUCGUUUUGUAUAUGCUGGCAAGAUUCUAUGGGGAUCCACAGAUUUCGCACCGGCUAACACGACCAUCUUGGUCGGACUUUCCAUUGUAGUCUCCGUCGCUUACUCGGGCUUCUUGGUGUGUGGGAUCGGAGGAGCGACUGCCACCGCGACCACCUGGGACGACGUCCUCAUCUUCAUCAUCUUGCUCCACUUGACAUGGACCAUGCAUGUCGUCAAGAACUUGUUGCAAUCCGCAAUAGCUCGUAUCAAAUACAUGAACUUUGUUUCUGGGUUAAAUCGUGGGCACUCGUGUGGCUGCCUGCGUACGAUGAAAUACCUGGUCGGGAGCGUCUCUAUGGGUUCCGCCAUGGUCCCGAUCAUUGGGACUGUCCGAGGCUCUGCACGUGCGCUCAGCUCGAUCGCAGGAGGGUCAGAUGAAUUCAUGUUCUCGUGCACCGAUUGCUACUCUGGCAUCGCAUCAACCCUGAUUAGAUACGGGAACAGAUGGGGAUUUGUCCACGUCGGAGCACUCAACAAAGGGUUUGUGCCAGCAUCGAGGGAUGCCUGGGAGAAUUUCAAUAGGGCCGGAAUACGACACUUGAUCGACUCUGAUCUGACCGGCGUGUUUUGUUUCUUCUGUGGCCUAACUGGAGGAGCAAUAUCUGCCCUGACGGGCGGUUCAUGGGCACUAGCAGUUCAAAGGAGUUAUGCUACAGAGGUGUCCCUGUAUGCUUUCUUGAUUGGCUAUUUCCUGUGUCGGAUAUCAGUGGCGUGGGCGCAAGCAUCUGUUUCGGCAUACUAUGUUGCUUAUGCAGAGAACCCAAACAACCAUCGGUUUGACUCGACCAUCCCAUCUCGACUUGAAGAAAUGCAGAGAUAUGGGCAUUAG